AUGUCCUCUUUGAAAGAGUUUUACGUGGCCAACAAUAAGAUCAGUGGGAUUCCCGAAAGUUUCGGGCAACUAUCGACACUGGUUGCGAUGGAUCUCCCUGAGAACUUGUGGGAAGGAGUCGUGACGGAGCGCCAUCUAGCAAACCUCUCGAGCCUCACGGAUCUUGACUUGUAUAUUCUGUCUCCAAACAUUUCCUUGGCCUACAACAUAACCCCCCGUUGGAUUCCUCCCUUCAAGCUCAGUGUCGACUUGAGUUCGAACCUCUACGAUGGUCCUCUUCCUAUGUGGUCUUCCAACGUGACGAUACUGUAUCUCAACGAUAAUCGCUUCUCCGGUCCCAUUCCUCCCAACAUCGGCGAACUCAUGCCUUACCUGACAGAUUUGGACAUAUCUCGGAAUGACCUAAAUGGUACCAUUCCCUUGUACAUUGGGAAUAUGGCCACUUUGACAACCUUAGUAAUCUCCAACAACGGCAAAAGGACACCAGAAGGACGCUUGACCGUAGUGGCCAAAGGACGGUUUGUUCAAUAUGAUCAAAGCAUUCUUUACCUCGUCAACAAUUUAGAUCUCUCGGACAACCGCUUGUUGGGGGAGAAUCCUGAAGCGCUGAUGAGCCUCGUGAGGUUGUGGACCUUGAAUUUGUCCAUGAACCAUCUCACUGGAAGAAUACCGAUCGACAUUGGGAACUUGGAAAGGCUAGAGACUCUCGACUUAUCGAGCAACAAUCUCUUAGGGCCGCUUCCUCCAAGCAUGACCACUUUAACAAAGUUGAAUCACUUGAACCUGUCGUACAACAACUUGUCAGGGAAAAUUCCGAAGGCCAACUAG